AAUGUUUCAUUUAUGUUCAACUGUUAGUGAUUUGAACAAACAUUGUUGUCAUUGUAGUGUCGCUCAAAAACUCUCAAUUUAAAAAAUCCUUGUAAAUCCUUUAUUCACACUAUUCUCAUCUGUUAAAAGAUUUGUGUCCAGUGAUGUGGAUGAAACGAUUUUCAUUCGCGAUAUCAGAAAUAAUUUCCAUAAUGUUAUUGGGAUAUUGGAAAAAAACGCACAUUUUCGUUAUACGUUUGGGAUAUUUUAUUCUUCGUUAUUACCAAUUAAAAUCCGCACAUCCACAUCUUUCCAAAAUGAAUUGCUUAACAAUAAUUAAUGAGAAAUCGAUGGACUGGUAGCGGUGGUUCAGAUAACGUAUUAUUUUAAAUUAUAAAUUUCUAAUUAAAAAUAAUUUUGAAGUAAAAUCGGAAAAAUUUAUAGAAAAUUCCCACUUCUUUCCAUUACAUAAGCGAGAAUCUAGAAUACAACGAGAAUACUCUCGAUUCUCGCAACUCCGAAUAGCAUUAUUUUUCUGGAAACGUUCGAGAAUAUUCGAGAAACAUCGCGAACUCAAUCGGACGAGUAUAAAAGCGAACUGUCCCGGCGCCAAUUCAGUUGUAUUUCAAAUACGAUAGCGAGCAAAUCAAAGCGAACUUACGACAGAAUACCAAAAACAGUUCAACUACAAUAUUAAAUUAUUCGAAUUUAUUUAAUUUAUAAGUACAAGAAAAAUAAUUAAAAUGGUAAAAGCACCUGCAAUCGGCAUCGACUUAGGAACCACCUACUCCUGCGUCGGAGUUUGGCAACAAGGAAAAGUGGAAAUUAUUGCAAACGACCAAGGUAAUCGCACAACACCAAGUUAUGUGGCGUUCACAGACACAGAACGUUUAAUUGGAGAUGCGGCUAAGAAUCAGGUUGCGAUAAAUCCCAUCAACACAAUUUUCGAUGCGAAGAGAUUAAUAGGAAGAAAAUACGACGAUCAAAAAAUACAAGACGAUAUCAAACAUUGGCCUUUCAAAGUUGUUAAUGAUGGGGGAAAACCGAAAAUGCAAGUUGAAUUUAAGGGCGAAUCGAAAAGAUUUGCGCCGGAAGAAGUUAGUUCGAUGGUUUUAACGAAAAUGAAAGAAACGGCCGAAGCGUAUUUGGGUUGUUCCGUGAAAGAUGCUGUCAUCACUGUUCCAGCGUACUUUAAUGACUCCCAACGUCAAGCCACUAAAGAUGCGGGCGCAAUAGCUGGAUUAAAUGUAUUAAGAAUUAUUAAUGAACCAACAGCCGCUGCUCUAGCUUACGGUUUAGAUAAAAAUCUGAAGGGAGAAAGAAACGUUUUAAUUUUCGAUCUUGGCGGAGGUACUUUCGACGUUUCAAUUUUAACAAUAGAUGAAGGCUCCCUCUUUGAAGUAAGAGCAACGGCCGGUGACACUCAUCUUGGUGGAGAAGACUUCGAUAAUAGGCUGGUUAAUCAUUUAGCCGAGGAGUUUAAACGAAAAUACAAGAAGGAUCUUAGAAGUAAUCCUCGCGCACUUCGACGUUUAAGAACGGCAGCUGAACGAGCUAAAAGAACACUUUCUUCGAGCACUGAAGCAUCCAUUGAGAUAGAUGCCCUUUACGAAGGUGUUGAUUUUUAUACCAAAAUAUCCCGAGCUAGAUUUGAAGAAUUGUGUUCGGAUUUAUUCCGAGGAACUUUGCAUCCGGUCGAGAAAGCUUUGCAAGAUGCCAAAAUGGAUAAAGGUUCCAUUCACGAUAUUGUAUUGGUGGGAGGUUCAACGCGUAUCCCAAAAAUUCAAUCUCUCCUACAAAAUUAUUUUUGCGGCAAAGCUUUGAAUUUAUCAAUUAACCCAGAUGAAGCGGUUGCUUAUGGCGCAGCUGUCCAAGCAGCCGUUCUCAGCGGUGAAACCGAUAGUAAAAUUCAAGAUGUGCUUCUCGUUGAUGUAACUCCACUGUCAUUGGGAAUUGAAACAGCCGGUGGUGUUAUGACCAAAAUUAUCGAGCGCAAUAGCAGAAUUCCCUGUAAACAAUCUCAAACGUUUACUACAUAUUCCGAUAAUCAACCAGCAGUAACGAUCCAAGUAUUUGAAGGCGAACGUGCUAUGACUAAAGACAACAAUCUUUUGGGAACCUUCGACUUGACCGGUAUCCCUCCGGCACCUAGAGGAAUUCCAAAAAUUGAGGUUACGUUCAAUUUAGAUGCCAACGGCAUUUUGAACGUCGACGCUAAAGAUACCGCUUCCGGAAAGAGUCGUAACAUUACCAUCAAGAACGAUAAAGGUAGAUUAUCGCAGCAAGACAUCGAUAGAAUGUUAUCCGAAGCUGAGAAAUACCGCGAAGAAGACGAGAAGCAAAGGAAAAGAAUAUCAGCGCGAAAUCAAUUAGAAGGUUAUGUGUUCGGUUUAAAACAAGCCGUUGAUGAAGCUGGAGAUAAAUUAGACGAAUCUGAUAAGAAUGCCGUUCGGAGAGAAUGCGAGGAGUGUUUGAGGUGGUUGGAUAGUAACACUUUAGCUGAAGUUGAGGAAUACGAAGAGAAGCAGAAGAAAUUGUCUUCGGUUUGCAAUCCAAUUAUGACAAAAAUGCAUGGUGGAAAUGGAGGUGGUCAAAUGCCUUCUGGUAAUUGUGGUAGUCAAGCUGGUGGUUUUGGAAACUUUCAAAAUAGAGGGCCUACUGUUGAGGAAGUGGAUUAAAAUGUGAUUUAUUUUAGAAACUUAUAAAUUAUUUAUUAUUAU